AUGUCCCAGCCGCCCUGCUUCACCCUCCACGUCUCUGAGGACACCGAGAGUGAUGGCCAGGAGGCGAGCCCGGACAACGAAGGAGCGCUGCAUACCUCCUUCCACCAGCUCAUCCAGGAGCAGAGCACCUUGGUAGAGGCAGGUCUGGAGCUGGAGAUGCAGGCGAGGGGCAGAGAGCACCCGGCCUGCCUGGCCCCCCCAGACACUUGUGCCACAGCCUGGUCAGAGCCCAGGCAGGGCGAGCAGCACCCCGGCUACUCCUCUGCCUCCCUGCGGAUCCUUGCCAGCAUGCCCAGCCGCACCAUCGGGCGUAGCCGCGGCGCCAUCAUCUCCCAGUACUACAACCGCACAGCCCAGCUGCGGCGCCGGAGCAGCCGCCCACCCCUGCAGCAGCUCUGCCACACCGCUCGGCCCAGCCUGCGGCAGUACGACCUGGAUUCCGACCCUGCCAGGGCCACUCUGGAAGGUGAGGACAAGCGGAGCCUGCUGGUGAAGGAGCUGCUGAGCCUCUCGCCCAGCCAGCGCAGCCACAUGCUGCUUGCCGUGCCCCUCAGCCUGGCAGAUAAACGCACCCUCCGGCACGAGCUGAGUGGGCAGAGGGGCACACUGAGGCAGCACGCCCAGCACCGGGCCCUCUCCUCUCCCUGCGGAUGGUCCAAGGACCACAUCGUCCUCGGCUGUCGGGGCCUCUGGUACAGGUUCCUUUCCCUGCUUCCCGCUGUGAAGCCCUGGCACUACGCCCUGAAGCAGAUCGGUGGCCGUUUCGGCUCUAGCGUCCUGUCCUACUUCCUCUUCCUCAAGACACUCCUCAUGUUCAACAUCUUAUCAUUCCUCAUCCUCCUGGUCUUCGUGGUGGCCCUGCAGGCUGCAUAUCCCCCUGCCUCGGCCAGCGCCCACCCCUUCACCAGCCUCGAGCUCCUCACAGGAGCGGGCUACUUCACUCACUCGCUGCUGUACUAUGGCUACUACAGCAACGUCACCCUCAACGACCCCCUGCUCAACAUGCCACUGGAUGGCAGCUCAUGCCCCAUCGCAGCCCCCCUGCUCAACAUGCCACUGGCCUACUUGUUCAGUGUUGGGGUCUCCUUCCUUGUCACCUGUGUUCUGCUGGUGUACAGCAUGUCCCGCUCCUUCAGGGAGAGCUACCGUGUGGGCAGCUCCGCAGGGGACCUGGCUGUCAAAGUCUUCUGUGCCUGGGACUUCAAGGUGAUCCAGAGGCGCUCAGUGAAGCUACAGUGUGAGAACAUCUGCACCCAGCUGAAGGAGCUGCUUGCGGAGCAGCGGUCCCGCUCGCACUCCCUGAGCCUCUGCCAGCGCCUGGGGCACACUGCCGUGCUUCUCCUGGCCUGGGCCCUCUCACUGAGCACGGUGCUGGGCUGCGUGCUGGCCGUGCACUACUUCUCAGAGCACAUGCACGUGGUGAGUGCAGCGCCCUGCAUGGGCCCUGGUGUUGGGGGGCCAGGGCUGGGCUACUGGGGAGGGAGGCCAGAGCAGCCUUGGGAGGCAGAGGCAGCCCCGCUGCAGCUCCCCUUCUGCGGUGAGCGGCAGCAGGAAGCCAUCCUGCUGGUCCUGCCCCUUGUGGUGUCUCUCCUCACCGUGCUGAUGCCCCACCUGUACAACUUGCUGGCCGUGUGGGAGAAGCAGGACUCCCCUGUGACAGAGGUCUACGUGGCGAUCUGCAGGAACCUCAUUCUGAAGAUGGUGGUCCUCGGCCUGCUCUGCUACCAGUGGCUCAGCCGGAGAGUUGUCUGCUCGACAGAGGAGUGCUGGGAGACAUGUGUGGGGCAGGACCUGUAUCGCUUUGUGGUGAUGGAUUUCAUAUUCACCCUGUUGGACACGCUUUUUGGGGAGCUGGUCUGGAGGCUUAUCUUGGAGAAGAGGCUGAAAAGGAAGCAGAAGCCUGAGUUUGACAUCGCCCGAAACGUGCUGGAGCUGAUCUAUGGGCAGACCCUGACCUGGCUGGGCAUUCUCUUCGCACCACUACUGCCGGCUGUACAGACACUGAAGCUGCUGCUGCUGUUCUAUAUCAAAAAGACCAGCCUGAUGCAGAACUGCCAGUCCCCCAGCAAGCCCUGGCAAGCAUCUCACAUGAGCACUGUCUUCAUCACCCUGCUGUGCUUCCCAUCCUUCCUGGGUGCAGCCGUCUUCCUCUCCUACACCAUCUGGUCGGUGCGGCCGUCAGAAACCUGUGGUCCCUUCCAGGGGCUGGAAACCAUCUACAAGUCAGGGAAGACCUGGGUGCAAGUGCUGGAGAAGUCCAACCCGAACAUCACCUGGUUUGCCUGGGUCCACCAGCACCUGGUGGAGAACACCUUCCUCCUGUUCUUCCUAUCCGGGGUCCUGCUAGCCGUGAUCUACUUCAACAUCCAGGUGGUGAGAGGCCAGCGAAGGAUCAUCUGCCUGCUGAAGGAGCAGAUUGCCAAUGAGGGGGAGGAUAAAAUAUUUCUCAUUCAGAAGCUUCACUCCGUUUACGAGCAGAGAGACGCACGCACCUGA